AUGAGCUGCGACUACCACAGCUCUGGCACACGCCACGGACUCGCAAGGCCUCACCUUCGAGAUCUCGGAGACGGCCGACGGGCAUUGAGUCUCGACAUUCCGGCCUCGGAAAAGACCGAUACCAUCCUGGAUCCGUACCAGCUCAUGGGCUUCGAGCACCGGUGGCUGCUCGGGAAUUAUGAUCGACAGUACGAGGGCACCGGUGGGACGUUCGCGGGCAACGAGAUCAACGACCUGUUCGAUUCCCUCAACUCGCAGAACGCCACCAUCGAGCCGUACGUGUUCGCGCGGUUCGUCUACACCCCGGAGGAGCAGCAGAAGGUCGCGGACUCCUUCGCGUUCAUCACCAGCGAAUUCUUCGACGGCGUGCUGAUGGACAGGGACAUGGACGUCGAAGAGAAGAUCGCCCGCGGCAGGGAGAUAUACGCCGAGUUCCGCAAGAUGGGAGGAGGCAUCUACAUAGACAAGACCAACGAGUACUACCAGGCGAAUCCGGGCCUGAGACCGCUCCCGGUCAACUGA